CUAACCUAACUUUCACCCAAACAAUCAACUCGUAUGUUUUCUUUGUGUUUUUCUUUGAAAAUCAUAAAAAAUGGAUAUGAACGUCGUAAUAAAACGACUUGAAGAGGCUGGAAUUUACGAACAGAGUCUGAAGAAAGACGAAAUGAUCGCGUACUAUAACGCGAUAAAAGAUUCGGAGGACUCGGCUUUGGUGGAGAAUAACAUGAGAAGACAUAAUGAAAGUGCAUGUAGCAGUGAUGAUGACUUCAUGGACAGUUCCCCGCCGAAAGCUAAAGUGCCCCCAUUUACUCCUAAACAAUGGGUGUGCGAUAAAACUGUGGAGUCCGAUAGCUCCGAUGUUUUGAUUAAAGAAGUAAAUAACAGUGGGAAUAUGAGUAUAAGUGAAUCUUCAGAGGAGCUUGUGAAAGUAAAUAUUGUUAAGAUUGAUAUUGAGGAUAAACGUACAUUGUUGUUUGCUAAAUUGGGGGAGGGUAAUCUGUUGAAAGAUAGUGAAUUUAGUUCAAAAACUCUGGAGGAAAGAGCGGUACUUUUAUUUGAGGAUCAUAACGAGCGUGUUAAAGAAUUGGCUAGAUUAGCUAGGGAGUCAUUACAUUUUGCACCCUUGCCGAAGAUUAUCACAGCUUCAAAUUCAAGUUUAGAUAUCUUUGAGAGUAAAAAUGACAUUGAAAGCACUUACAUAAGCAGAUCAGGCAGGCAGACAAAAAGGAAAAAUUACAGUUAUAAUGAAAUUACCUAUGAGGAUUACAUAAGUGAGACAGAUGAUGCAAUACUUUCAACCAACAAAAAGACCAAGUUGACUGAAAGAAUACCGAAAAUAAGUAAAAAAACUUUAAGUGAUACUCCAACUAGCACAACUAAAACUCCCUCGACUAGUGUUUUAGGGGUUUUAGAUACAGAGACUCCAAAAUCAGACUAUAGGACCAAAAGAAGGCUAACAAAUGAGGAAAUUAUAAAAAGAAGCCCUUUAUUCGCAGAUCCUGUAAAGUCUACAAGAAAAGAUCUAAUAAUUGAAAAGGCAAGACAAGAGGAUGAAAAAAAGAAAAAAUCUGAAAUGGAGUUCGAUAGAGUUAUGGCUAGUAUUGAUGAUGAAGAAUUUGAAAAUAAGGUUAUUACAAUUGACGAUAAAUCACCUGUUAAAAGAAGGGUCAUUCCUAAAUGUCCUAUACGGAAAAGGGGCAUUGGACCAAAAAAGGAUACUAUAUACGAUAUUUCUGAGGAACCCUCAACUUCCUCGACCCCCUCUACUUCCGCGACGUCAUCUACAUCCGUGGAAAGGAUAAUUCCAAUACAGAUGGAGGAUGCAAGUUCCAGUGUGCCAACUACGACUACCAAUAUUACCACAAGAAAAGUAAAUAACCGAAAAAACACGAAAAAAUCCUCCGAAGAAAGCGAAGCCAGUGAACUAAUUAAAGUCGGUUGCCCUAUUUGCGGUAAAGAUUUUCCAAAGGAUGUUAUUAUGGAACACGCGUCCGAAUGCGAAUUUCAAGUGGAAACGACGCAGGUAGAAGAAGUGCAUUCAACGCUCUCGUCGAAGCGAAUAAUGUGCGAAAUUUGCGACCGAGUUUUUCCCCUAAACACAAACUACGAGGUUCACAUUUCCGAAUGUCUUGCAGAGAAAAAAAGGUCGAUUUCGCGAUAGGCCCCGCCCACCUUUGAUUUGUUUUCCUUUGUGAUAAGAAAAUUCGAAAAAACCAACAAAUCGCUGAUGUUUAUGUAUGUGUAUUGUAAUCCGAAUUUCAAUUGCAUUUACUGUCCCUCGAUACAAAAAAAAUAUAUUCUCAUCAUAAUUUCAUGCAUUGAAACAAUUUAAACUUACCCAGAUACAGUCCCACCUUAGACCAAUUUGUUCAGGUAAUUUUUUUAAUCAACGUUUUUAUGUAAAUUGAUUUUAUAAAAUUGUAUCAAUUUAGUAUUAAUAUUAAAAAAUCAUAAAUGUUUAUUACCUAUAUGAAAAUGACUUUGACAUGUAAAUAGCCUAAAUUUUUAAGUUUUGACACUUAAAAACCCAACUUAUUUAAGUACACUUCAAGGAGUUGUUUUUUGAAAUUUGGUCCUUUACUUUCUAUAGAAAAUGUUCUCUGUAGAAAGCAAAAAACCAAUCAGAGCAUUCUCCACACCACACUAAGUAAGAUGGAAAAUGCUGUGUUCUGAUGCAUUUCUAUAAAGAUCAUUUUCUUUAGAAAGAAAAAUAUCAAGAAACACUGGGGGGUGUGCCUUUUAGUUCAAAUGUUUAACAAAAAUUUAUAAUUUUUUAAUACUACGUAAAUACUUUUGUUAAAACGAACAAUUUAAGGUGAGACAUAGUUUUUUAAAUAAACUGGAAUUAAUUAAUAAUGAUUAUGAUCAGUAUCAUCACAGUUGCAAAAAUACGAGUAGUAGUAAGUUUAAAUAUGAUUUAUAUAAUUUUUCCUGUUUUUUCUUAUACAUAGUAUAUUGAUAGGUUUAAAAAAUAUUUAGUAAUGUUGAAUAAACAAGUAAGUGUUUAAAAUAUUUAUUGGUGUUUUAAAAAUACCAAUGUUAAUUUUACAGAUUUUUGUUCAGUUAGUUGAUCUAACUACACAAUAAUAAUUGAAGGGGUAAAAAGCUAAAGGGUACAAGUGGAUUUUAGCAUAAAAAUAAGUGCAGAAUUGGGUAGUUUGUAGUUCAAUUUUUUUUUAAUUUUCUUAAAACGUGAAAAUUUUACGAGUUCUGCAUGUUGAUUAAUGCAAAAAUUAAAACAAGUAUCCAGAUUUUUGUAUAUAGCAAAAACUUUAUAGUUAAUAACUCCACUUCUGUUUUUUGCACUUGUACUUUUGCUUCUUAUCCUUUUAAUUAUUAUUUGUAUAAUUUGGAAAUUGAAAAAUUCAAAAUUAAUAUAUUAUUUGGUUAUAAAAAGUGCCUAAAAAG